AUGGCGGCUGUAGAAGAUGUAACAGCGAAUCUUCCGUCUCUGCAGUUUGAAGCCGCUUUAACUCUCGAUGAAAAGUACGUUUCCUAUAAGGGUGUAUGAUUUGAACGCCUUCGAGCCUUAACUGACGUUAUUUGUGGUUGUCUCUGUUGUAGACAGAUGCUGUAUUUGCGUGGACGAAGUCAUGCCUUGACAGUGUCUGCCUGUGCACAAGCGUAAGUAAAAAUCAAAGCUCAUGUCAUCAGUUGCUCGACCUGUUGUGCUGAUUGAAUUUUCUGCUUUUGAAAUUUAUGUGAUUUCACAACAAUUUUUUGAUGUGUAGUUAGAUAUGAAAGAAAUGAAUUUGCAAAUUAUCAGAUGAAUGCCAUUGGGAAUUAAAUUUACCUUUUUUGGCAUGAAAGCGGCUUUUCAGCGGAGCUUGUUCAUCGGGGAAACUUGCUGCCGGUACUCCCGCUGUAUUAAUAUAAUGAUUUAGUGUAACGAUGAAGCUCAUUAAAGGAGUCGUGUACUCCAAUUUCCAAAACGAUAAUCAGAGCGAUCGCUCUGACGAAGGGCUAACGCUCGAAACGUCAGCUUUUUUACCCUUUACGGUGGCUAAUUUACGUUUUCAACCCAGUUGUUAACACUAAAUUACCUGCUAUACUCUCCCACCGACGCAGCACCACAGUUUCUUUAGAAACUUACCCCUUUAUUAUGGUUGAGUUUUACUCGCACAACAUACUGCAUACUUUAUCCAGUUCUGUAUGGUCAUUUUUAGGGCCUUUCUGGUAGCCGUUUUAAAUGAUGCAAGGCAAAAAAUUGUGGAAAUAAAAUAUCCAGUCAAGAAAAAGGUAUUUUGUUUUAAGUUAUAAUGUUUUAGUGUGGCCAACAUUUCAUAUGUUAAGCAUUGCAGAAACAUUUACAAAUGGCAUUAUUGUGAAAUUAAGUUUCAGUUCACUUAGUUUGUGGAGAAGUACAUGUAAUUCUGCUGCUUGUUCUGAUUAUUGAGGCAGACAUAAAUUGAGUACUUGGAAGAGAUAGUUUGACAGUAUUCUAUCUAAGUUUAAUCACUUUCAGUCAUCCAAGCUUCUGCAAGAAGCCCCAAAGAGAGAUCCACUUUUGGUAGGAAUCAUUGGUUGUGGACGCUUAGGAAAACAACUUGCAAGUACACUACUUAAAUUCUGUAAGUUGCCUGGUUUAAUUUAACUCCUAUAUUAAAGAGGGAAUGGGGAACUAUCACAUCAUUUGUAUACAAAGCAAAUUUAACACAACUUGAUAUUGUAUAAAUUGAUUCAUUUCUGCUCAUGUGCUUUCGAAGCAAUCUUAUUUAGCUUGUGUAUAAUUUACUGGUGCAAUGCAGGGCAUCAAAUAUUGAUUAGUGAAAAAAACCUAUAUAGUUGUUAACAUGUAUAGUCAAGCAGAAUGAAGGGUUCUUUUUAUCUUAUCUUUGUGCUGUGACCAUCACAUGGGAACACUAGCACACCUUGUGUGCUUGGAAAAUCUUUGUCAAGAGUAUUUUAGCUAACUUAUUGUAUAGACUACUAGUACUGAAACAUACAUGUUUCAGCUGAUGUUCAUCCAGAAGAGUUAUUUCUCUCAACGAGGCAGCCAGAAACUUUAUCUGCCCUUCAGAUGAAAGGUGUCCAUUGUGGAUUUGAUAAUAUAAAGGUCUGUGAACUUUGUAUUGUUAUUUAUAACAUACUUGUCUUGUGAUGAAAUUGGUAACUUGAAAAAUCACGGCAUUAACCUGUUGAAGUCUAAACUUUUGAGGCUUCAUUUUCACAAUUGCUUAUCAUUAUCAUCAGAUAUAUAUAUUUUGUCCUUAGGUAUGCUCCACAGUACACAUACUAUUCAUCUGUUGUUUGCCGUCACAGUUCCCAACAGUAGCCAAGGUACAUGUUCAAUUUACUCAAUGGAAUUAGUUUCAAAAAUAUCUAAUCCUGGUGUUAACAAAAAAACCACUUUGAAAUGCAGCUCAGUGUUAUAUCGUAUAAUAACUCAAGGCUUUUUGAAAAUAACCUUUUCGUAACUAUUUAUGUUUGAAUAAUAAUUGAAGCAUUCUUAAUCUAUUUAACAACUGGUUUCUUUCUUUCCACUGCAGGAAAUCAAGGGACAUUUGAAAUGCCCUGUGUAUGUCUUAGUUGGAGGUAAAGUAUUGCAUAAUGUUUAUGUUGCACUUUAAACUUUAAACUUUUAGGAACACUUUGAUUUGGAACUACCGUUGCUUCAUAUUUUGAUGAAAAUAACAAUAACACUGGUUUGACGGGUCAAUUUUUAGUUUUUAAGAGGAAAUUUCCUAAACAAAUAUAUUAUAGUAAUAUCGAAUGUUGAUCAUGUUUAAAAUUCACAUGAGUUAAUAUUUGGCUAACUUGAACAUAGUCUUUCGUUGGCUGUGAAUAUAUGAAAAUCAUAUAUGUGAACUACGGAUUAGUAAUUGAAUAUGACAGCGGUCUUUGCAAUAAUGAACACUACUUGAGCAGUGGAGGAAGUAGAGCCUGAAAAAAGUUAGGCCUGCACAGAAUGUGAUAACGGUGCAGUGCUCAACCAACUGAGGUAACAAGCCAACUGGGAGCUUGUCAUUAUGUUGUUUGGCAAUACACCCAUGAAGCAAGGACUAAGAGACUGUGAAUAUACGAAAAUCAUCACCACAAAUAUUGCUUUCAUAUUCAUUUAUUAAUCCGCAGGUAACAUACAUGAUAUUCAUAUAUUCACAGUCUCUUGUUCACCACUACACUGGUUAUCAUUAAUUGCAACCCACAAAAAACUCCUAGGUUUGCAACCUGCCAGUUGGAGUUUUAAUGGUGUUAACAUAACUUGCUUUGAAUUCUUUGUUUCCCCUUAGCUGAGUGGGGUGGCUGUAAUCUAACUGAUGUGGAUGACUGCACUUUCAUAUAUACUAAAAGAAAUGCGUGGUGCAUUCCUAUUAUGUUAUUUAGAUCUUUUGAUUUUCGUUAAAUCCUUUUUUUCUCGCCCACAGGGACACCGCUUUUAAGAAUACGCCAACUUCUUGAAUAUGAGGAGAUCAUUAAGCCAGAUUUUGUAUCCUCGAAUACGCACGGCAAUCAAUGCAGAUCCUAUUUUUAAAAUGUGUAGAGUUUUAAGCCCCCUCGUAAAAACCAUAUAAAAGCAAACAAGAACAUCGUUCAGUGAAACAUUGAAACCUCAAUUGUUUCAUCGUUCAAACUUAUGUUCCACCUCAGAAGCUAGCUACUUACAUCGAGAGAGCCCUAACCUAUUACUAACCGAGUUUGAGGUACAUGCUGUAAGGGACGGACCGAGUUUUUUUUCCUCUCAAAUUUACAUGUAUGCCCCAAGUACGAUGUAUGCCCCCUUUAGAUGGCCCCAAGCACAGUGAAAUACAAAAAACAAGUCCGCUAAAUUUAUUUAUUUUAAUCAUAGCAAGCAUAUUCUUUAAUUUAGCGGGCUGCGUCCAGUCCUGGAAAUUUAAAUCAUAGCGCCUUUAGACCAGUCCUGGAGAAAACCAGACCCAAAUGAAGAUUCAAGUAAUAACUGGAACAUCGGUAAAGACGUAAGUCUUAGUGUUGGUAGUAUUCCCACUUCCUCCUUAUAUGAGCGCGGUCAACAGAGCUGGUCCAUUGUCCUUCAUGCUCCCCCCUCUUCCUCUUCAUAUGAGCGCGGUCAACAGAGCUGGUCCAUUGUCCUUCAUCCCCCCCCCCUCUUUUUAUAUGAGCGCGGUCAACAGAGCUGGUCCAUUGUCCUUCAUGCUCCCCCCCUUCCUCUUUAUAUGAGUGCGGUCAACAGAGCUGAUCCAUUGUCCUUCAUGCUCCCCCCUCCUCUUUAUAUGAGCGCGGUCAACAGAGCUGGUCUAUUGUCCUUCAUGCUCCCCCCUUCCUCUUUAUAUGAGCGCGGUCAACAGAGCUGGUCCAUUGUCCUUCAUGCUCCCCCCUCCUCUUUAUAUGAGCGCGGUCAACAGAGCUGGUCCAUUGUCGCAUCGCCCUCUGUUUAAUUCGGUAACUUUGCUGAAAAUUCCUUACCGAGCAGAAAUCUCGGUGUGCUAAAAGGGCUAAAAUUUCCCAUAUGAACAGUAGACAAAGUUUUUUCCUGUUAACCAAUCCAAACCGAUCACUGGGAUCGUAUGAAUAAUUCUUUAGGUUUAUCUAGUGUGUGCAGAGUAGUCGUCUCGACUUCUUCUCCGGAGAAACCCGUUACUGAAGUAUUGUUUUGUUUUCGAUCAUGUCUUUCUAUUCCAGAGUGUUCCAUGCCAAAACUUCAGAGUGCUUUUCUUUACGUCCUGAAAUCAAUGUCACAGUUUAUUUGCAUUACCUUUAAGGUGUACAGUGUUUAAUAAACUUAAUUUGUUUUUCUCCUUCAGAUAAACGAAAUUCUUCGCGAAGAUCCUAACAGUUGUGAUGUCACCUGCCCGCUUAAUCUCAAUAAAGAUUGUAAGUGCAUGUAACGUAUUGACGUCUUCUGUUACAGUGGACUAAAAAACGGCAAAUGGAAUGUUGAGGUUUCACAAAAUGAAAGACGGAAUUCAUGGGUCACGUAUAUUUCAGGAGGAAAAUCACGCCUCACAUUUUGUAGCAGUUACAUUAUAUGUAAACUCGGUGUUUUUUGAUUGGCAGCUGCUAUUGUGGAGACGGGAGAGGAUUGGGCCGAGUUGGCCGUGGUGACUUUCCUUAACAUGUGUACUGAAAAAGAGCUGGACAUGGAACAGUCUGUGAGGUACUUAAAAGUGCAAAAGUACAAAAAAGAAUCUGAAAUGUUUUCAAUUUGCUCCGCAUAUUGUAGAGACGUCGUAAAAGCAAGUAGUUCGAAAGAAGUGAUUUAUUUUGUGAAAGUUAAAGUCCACUUAUCCUCGUGUUACUUUGCAGGAUACUCACCCUAAAAUAACAGUAUAAUACCUACUAUAAAAAUUAAAAAAAACCUUGGUACACGCUAUUCACAUUAGGUCCAUUUCUUGAUAAGCUUAUUUUUAAUCUUAUGUUAAAACUGCCCACUUCGUCUUCAUAAACUUCAUAUUUUUAUGAGUAGGGUCUCGCGAGACAUUUGACUGUUGCAGUUAUUAAGUCAGCAAAGCUUGGCCCCUGCUGCAUUCCCGUAAGUAAAGUUUUGCAGUAAGUCUUAUCAGCUUUGUUUCAUGUCUCUUCAGGCUUUGUAACACAAUCGUGUUUGGUAUGGGUCCCACAGAUGACCGUGGUGAUGGCAUCUCUGUGGAUGAACUUAAUUCCGAUAUAAAUUUGUUAGGCAUAAGGAACAGUACCACAGUUGAAAAGUAAGGCUCUAAGUUAUCUUCGAUGUAGUAGUUGUCAGUGACUCACUUUCUCUCAGUACUGGAACAACCAGAUCUUAUCGUCCACUGAAACUCCGAUUGAAAUAAUACAGUGAUAACAAUUUAGAGAUUACGGCAACAUGAAAGUAGAGUAUAUCAGUAUCUCACUGCAGAGAAAAGUGCCACAUUCUUUCUUACUGACUAAGUACAGUAUAUCAGUAUCACAUUGCAGAGAAAAGUACCACUUUCUUUUUUACUGAAUAAGUACAGUAUAUCAUUAUCAUAUUGCAGAGAAAGGUGCCACUUUCUUUCUUACUGAAUAAGUGCAGUAUAUCAUUAUCACAUUGCAGAGAAAAGUGCAACUCUCUUUCUUACUGAAUUUCAUACCCAUAAGAAAACAAGCAAAACUGAGUUGGAUAAAGAUCAGAUUUCAAACCUGGAAAAGUAUUUAUAUGCUCACAGAGAGCCUGGAAGUAUGUCUGGAAAAAUUUACCUAACCUCGCUCGCCAGAUCUCUCGAGUAAGAACAACACGGCUGGAGAAGUAUUGGCCACUGAAAUUUCUUUCCAAGGAUUAGAGAAUCAUCUUACUUGAAACUGAAAACGAAAUUCUUAUCGAUGCGUUUUUGUUCAGAUUCUUCCCGCGUUUCGAUCUCAGCAAGAUCUCUUUCGGUCGGAGUAAAUUUGGAAAACGUCUCAUGGAACCUAAUGGAAGUCUGAGGCGAAUGUUUGUCAAAAGAUACAGAGCUGUGUUUGACAAGUAAGGAGAUUGAACAUUUAUUUGAUAGAUGUAAAGGAUGUAGACCGCGGGAUUCUGGGACGAUUGAACUCACACCGAAAUUCUUAGAAGUUGUUCACCUUGUGAAGAAUUGUGGUAAAUUUUAUGAGCAAAGCUUUCCUUGUCAUUGUCACUGGACGUAAGUAAGCGGUUUCCCAAUUGAUAAAUUAAUAAGCUGCCCAUAUGUCGGUAUCUUGUUUUCGCCCGCUUCCGCAAAAACUCGUCAUAUAAUCUCAUCGUCAUAUAAGCCCAUUGCGACUUUUCCGCCAAAGAAAUUAAGGUUCUUGCGCGCUCACUGUUAAGGUUAUGGGAAGGUCUCAAACUUGCACUCACCCUCGGAUCUAGAGACCAAGGUCGCUAACAUUAUAGGGGGGGCGGGGUUCGGUGUAUACGUCUUCUUUCCUCGAGUGAGAGAUGCUGUUAACAACACCAGGAAAAAUUCGUGUGUCUUAGCGGCCAUGUAACAUUCUAGUCUACCCAUAGAUGGUGAUUAGGUUUUCAAAGCCAAAUACAUGAUUUUAAGACGCAUUAAAAGGGACCUGAUCACCCGCAGAAGAGCCGCCUUCGCUUCACUACUAUUUUAAAGUGGGAGGUAGUUUACCUUUUUCACUUUUUAUUCAACGUGCCACCCGCCCCCACCCUACCCACCCCACCCCUACACAAACUUUACCUCCAAUCCACCCUUGGAAAACAUACUGAUGAACUGACGAACAAACAUGCAAGCUGUGAUAUGUUUACUAAGAAAGAGAUUGGCAAAGAUUCGUUUCAUCCUCUUUUGUGCUAAAAAUAAAAUUCAUGCCCGCGUACAACUCAUCAAGAAUGGACAUGAUUUUCCCUUUUUUCACCUACUUUUGGAAAUCAUCGUUGAAAUUUAUAACAAUGUAUUGAAUUAAAUGAAAGAAAGUACUUUUUCUAUUCAGCAUAUCAGUAGUACAGUUGGCAAGAGAACGUUCCUUGAGCCGAGUCCUAGAAUUAUCUUACUGAUAGUAUACGACGGAAUACUCCUGCGUAGGAAAGUUUCCGCAAUGGAUAUGAUCCGACUGAAUUAGCUGCUUUUCGCUUCAGUUUUUUUUUCUCUGUUUUUAUUAAUUUUUUUUUGGCUCUUUUCUUUUAGGUUCCAGUAUUGGAAAGGUGUUCCUACGAAUGUGUCAUAA